UCUGAUUUUGGUUGGUAUAUUUACAAAUGUAGUGAAAAUGAGUGCAUCUCUAGUUCGUAAGGGUUUACAAAUUGUAGAUCCACAGUAUGAUAAACCCAAUAAAAGGAAAAAGAAAUCUGAUGUAUUUACGCUUGCUCCCCAGAAUCACAAGUUGAUCAAAAAAGUUCAAAAACAGGGAAAAGAGUUUAAAAUAAAUUUAUUAUCCACUGAAAAGAAAUUAACAGUAACUGAAGCAAGAAAAAAUAAUAAAUCGAAGGAACAACUACUUGAAGAGAAUCUACGAAAGUUAAAACGAAUUAAAAAAGCUAGUCGAGUACAAUUGGAUAAGAAUUUAGUAAAACAGAUAAUUGAUAGGGCGGUAAAUAAGCGACCAAUAAGGAAAAUUAAACCCAAAACGGAGAAGAAAACGGCAUUCACAGAAGAAGAUUUCAAAAAAUUUGAAGAGGAAUAUCUCAAUUAACAAUGGCAAUUACAGAUUGCACUUUAGGAUAUGUCCGACUAACAUUCGGUUGCGGAAUUUUACUACACAUGUUCUUCCAAUUGAUAAUUUUGCCCAUUUUACCCGUUGAUCAUAACCCAUUAGAAAAAUACACACCAACGACAAUGAUAAUCUUAAUUUGUGGAACUUUUGGUUUAAUUUUCAUCGGAUUUUUAUCUUUAUUUACAAUAAUUGUAAUACAUAGAUCUAAAUCUUAAUUUUAUUAAAAGAAAUACACGAAAAA